UCCAUUCCCAACACUAUCUAACAACAUUUUCGCGUUUCUUGAUACCGCGACACAUCACAACUUGCGUCUCAUUCAUACAAAAGUUCACCAUGAGUUGGCGUGAAGGGGAAGCCCCCACCAUUGACUCUCAUUUGCAUUAUCAUACUCCCAUUGUGUACGAAGACUCCGAUCAGUGGGAUUGGCCUUACUGGAAGUUUGGAUACAGAACCCGCGAAGCCCUCUUCGAAGAACUGCACGUCGAAUACAAUUCGAUUAAAAGCGCAAUUCAAGACCCUUUUAGCUGGCAUCUAGAUGUCUGCCAAAUAGCCGAUCUUGCAAGCACCAGGGAAGAGUUUGAGACCUUGCUCAAAAAACGACGAGACGAGCGCUUUGAAGAACUAAUAAGAGCAUGGGAUGAGAUAGCAUUGAUGUUGAUUACAGAGUCUCAUCGGUUCAUGCUGCCUCGGAAAAGAACCGACUACUGGGCUAGAUUCAUACGCAUUUCUCGACACUUCUCGUAUGACGCAAUUGUUGGAUACUUUGGCGCGUAUUGCAAAGAGCAAGUUGUGCUACCUCCACCCGAAGAUGACGAAAACAACCCCUUCUUGACAGAAAAGGCAAAGGAGCUCCUAAGACAGCAGAGGCUUGAAGUUGAAAAGCAAGCUAGAGUGUCCGAAACGGAGUCUGAGAAUGCUGGCACAGAACGCUUCUUGCUGGAGACUGUUGCUGGGCCUAGCACGCAACGAGGACCUCCCGAACUUCAAAUAAAGGAACCGACUAAGAGGGAUGGGAAACAGCCAGAAAAUAGUUACCGGAAACCCCAGAUGGUGGACAGAGCCACACAAACAACAACACCCACAAUAAUGGACAAAGUGGUAGCUGACGAAAUACCAUCAUCCCAAGCAACCAACGAUCAGAAGAGGGGAGUUAAGCGGCAGAGACAAAAGAGUAAACCUAUAAUAAAUAACCCACAAGGGGUGCGGAGAAGUGCACGUUUACAAGAGCAGGCCGAACGACAAGCCAAACGCAGAAGGCUGUGAUAGCGCACGCAUACCUACCACAGUUCGACGCCGCACAUUGCCACGACCUCAGGCGAAAACCCCUUACGCCGUUGAUAUAAUUAGAAGCGGAUGUAUGUAUUGUAUCAGUUAGUUCUUUAUCCGAGUUCGGUGAAGCUGUCCGAACAGCUCCGAUGACACUCUUCGAGACUCAUGCAUAUAAUUUUGUUGGCGAGAGACGUCAUUGUUCCUCUCAACCGGGCUUAAUAUGGAGGAAUUGAUACUCAGUCACUAUUCAGAUUUCCCCGCCGCAUUUGGACCCCACGUUGCAGCGGAUGUUUUGGUACCUCAUGGGCCUAGGCCAAAAAGAGGGCUCUUACAUGUAAUUAGUGCAGGUGUCUCCUGACAUCCUAUCACCUAAUGUGGCAGUCUACCUCCUCGUAACCUUUCCA